AUGAAUUCUCAACAGCAUAACUUUGAACGUCUUCUAAGUGCUUCUAAUCUUCCAACUGGUAGAUUUCUAACCGAAAUUGCAGCAAAAAUUUAUGCCCUACGUGCUCAACGUUCUCAAGUGGAUAAACUUCAAAAGGCCGGUGUCGCCUUUUUCGAAGACCUUCCGAAUUAUGAACGUUUUGAACAAACACUUAAGGAACUUUCAAAACAGUUAAUUGCAGCGGAACAAGAACAGUUUGAUGCUUGGUGUCGGGAUAUGAUUGCACAUAUUGUAGAUGGGGGAGGAAAUGAUGGGGAUUUUAUUUCUUUACAGACAACUGGACGUUUAAUGGUCUUGGAAAGAGCACGUGGCAUUCUCACUGUUAGUUUCAGUGAUAGACUUGCUCGUUUGCUACGCGAAGUUUCACAACUCCAAUCUAUGGGAUUUAAAGUGCCAGUAAAAAUACUGGCUUGUGUCCAACAGGGAGAAAGAUUCUACGAAUAUGGAGUGCUUUUGAAGCAAGUUGCUCAUUUUUACAACACAAUAGAAAAGCAAAUGCUUCCAUGCCAACAAGCAAUGCUAUUAGAUGAGGCUUUGGCAUUUGAACAAUUAGUUGUACCAUCUUCUAAAUCUGGAGGAGAUAGAAAACAAAAAACAGCUGUUAAUUUAACAUGGGAAAGUCCAGAAAAGCUGAAGGGAUAUAUUGAACGUUUACGUGAAGCUGCCCUCCAAUUAACUAGCCAUAACCGUCGAUUACGGAAGGCACAUACUGAAAUUAUUCAAAAUAUACUUGAAUUGGGCGAAACAGAUUUACUACAAGAUGAAGAAAAAUGGAAUGCUAUUAUGCUCACUAUACGGCAAAAAUUUUUGGAAGAACAAAAUUUUGUUGCAGUUAAGGCAAAUAUGCAACCAUGGGCUAACCAUUUAAAUAAACAAUUAUAUAAAGUUUUACAACAACAAUUUUGUUGGGCAUUGGCUAAUUUACAGGCACUUCACCUUUUAUUUAAAAUAAUUAUUUAA